CUUUCGACUCGGUGCAUCGCAAAUCGUGUUACCAUCGAUGCAGUUUCACUCAUGAGUAUACUACUACGAUGGGAUUCCUCGUUGUUUUGUUCACGCUCCAUCGCGAUCCACUAUGUAGUUAGUUCAUAUUAUUUCCAUAUUUGACUAAGUCUUAGGUUUCUUGUAUCGACACGGAGGAGCGUGGCAACCUUGGCGCAUCGUGCAAUGCAGCGGGGACCUUGCAAGUCACACGUCACAGUAACCUCGGCUCACGCUGUGCUCGUGCCGCCACUGUGACGUGUAGAUCUAUCUAUCUUUGUGUUGUUUUCCCGCAUUGUACGUCAUUCAUUGCUUUAUGUUCAGAUUGUACGAUAUAAAUAGAUUGAUUAUAAUGAACGAUGUACUCUUACAUCGUAAUUAAUCGCGAAUCACAUCUGUUGUUAUUAAGGUAAAUUGAUGGAUGCGUAUGCAUCGAAUACAACAGCUGAGCGUCGUCGUCGUUGUGAUACAGAUAAAAAAUAUUACACGGUCACUCAAGGACGGUCAACUACUAUCGAGUGGUAUUUCCCGUUCAACGGGCGCCGAAGUGACACACUAUUCACUAAUGACGUGGGAUUAUAAUAGCAAGGGAGUUAAUAUCAAAACGUAGAGUAUGCAUUCGUAGUGGAAGCUUGUGGAUGUUUUCUACAUAGGGGCCUCAGUUUCCCGAGUUAUCGCAAAGGAAAAACACGCCAUACUUAAUCGCGUAUUGUGCUCACUAUCAGCUGUUGCGACGAUGCGGUGUGCGGUCGCUAACUCGAUAGCCAUGGUUAGAAAAUAUGAAAGAAUAAGCGGACGCUUGUCUUGGAGCGAAGAAGAAAUGGCUAAAGCGGUAGCAGCUGUGGUCUCAGGUAAGAUGGGCUACAAGCUCGCCGCCAGAACCUUCCACAUACCCCGCUCCACACUACAGAGGAGGGCCAGUAAGGUCCGCUAUCAACAACCUGACGACCCUAAGCCCCUUAUGGGCCAUUACAGACGAGUAUUCACAGAUAGCCAAGAAAAAGAUUUAGUUGGAUACAUAAAAAGCAUGGAGCAGUACUUCAUGGGGGUCUCCCGAAGAGACAUACGCGAGCUAGCAUUCCAAUAUGCCGAGGAUAAUCAUUUAAAUCAUCCCUUUGAUGUCAACACUAGAAUGGCUGGCGAAGACUGGGUCAGGAAUUUCUUAAAAAGGAAUCCCGAGUUAUUGCACAAGUCGGAGAAGGAACAUGAGCUGGAGCCGGUAAACUUCGAUCAAUUCUAUCACUUCAUGUGUCAGUCGUCAUGAUGACUAGUCGCCGAGGAACUUGAAACAAUCUAGUUGUAAGCAAAGGUCAUGUGCCCACCCACCCGAGAGAGCCUCUCAAUAAACGCAUGGUAGUCCCAACUUGUACAUAAACGUUAGCAACGGUUAAUGCAACGAAUUUUUCUCCUUUUUAAAUUUUUUACUUGCCUGGUGACCUUUGUGUGCGAGGUAAACUGAUUUCCUUAUGAUUAAAUCGCACUCACGAUACAUGGCAGGAAGUGAUAGCGGUGAAUGUUAAAAUUAAAUAUUUUAUAUACAAUUUGCAAUUCGGAUCAUAAUUAAUAUCUACUAGGUAAUUUUUGAGGUGUUUACGCAAUUGAAUUAAGUUAAACAAAAACAAACAGGAGCAUAGCUCAAAAUAGACAUACAUAUAUAUAAAACACAAUAUUUAAAUAUGUGUAUAUGUUCUGUCAACAUAAUAGUUAUAUGUUAGUUGAAAUUUUGCAUGUGUACUUACUGAAUGCAAACGUUUAAAGUUAAUUCUUAUUUAUAGUUUAACUUAUGUUAUUUAUUGAUAAUAGCAAAAUUACGGGCUGUGAUAAGGAGAAAUUGUAUUUAUGGGAACAUAUCAUCGAAAGAUGUUUUGUAUAAGCAAGUGGCUAGUAUACUAAGUAUAUAUUACAAGGGAGAAAUAUCCAAAACUGUUACUGUUACGUCAUACCAUAUUAUAAUUAGGAAUAUUGAAUUGUGUUGAUUGUAUUAUUAUAUAAAAAUACAUAAAUGUAAAACGUAACGUUUUUCAGCAUACUUUUAUAAAUUUGAUAUAAACCGUUUCAAACACAGUAAUAAUUACUUAAAUAUAGAUACGUAUUAGUAUGUAAAUUGUAUCCAAAAUAGUUCAAUGAAAAAAUAGUAGCUGGAUAUUAACAUAAAUUCAUAAAUACGUUAUAACGAUGUCAUGUCUUGCUUAUAAAGCCCUAAUUAAGAAAUGUGAUAAUGGUGAAUGGUGAUAGUAGUGGGAUUACACCUUAGGUAAAUUCUUUUAUACACUUUUUAAGAGUUGUACUUAUUCCAAGGAUACAUUUGGGAUAUAUUUCAUAUUUCUAUCAUAAAUUAUCUACAUAUUUCUAAAAGAAAGUACCUUUGUGAAGUACCUACAAAGAAGAUGUUACCUGAUUUAAGUUUUGAUCUCUUAAACUUAGUUUUAAUGAAAAAUAAAAUUGAUAUAUUUUAUUCCUUUGUGUAUGUGAUUGGGAUAGGAAAUUUUAUUUUAUCUGUAUUUAUGGGGUGAAAAUAUAUAUGGAUAAUAAUGUCGAAUGCCAAACUAAGUUGUUAAUUUUGAACUAAUUUUAUUAUUUAAGUACUUAAGUUUUUGAAUACAAUAAAUGAU